AGCGGUAACAGUCGCCGGAGAGAUUCCAUCCGCGAUACAGGGAUCGGUUCGCCAUUGGCCUUUCGCCGAUAGCUUGGUCAAUUAUUUUGUCGGUCAAGAGCAUGGCGGCCAGCUGCUAACCUGUGGUGUUGAACAAAAAUAGGAAUAUUCCUCAGAUCGGGUUGUGCUUUUACGCGUCCUUGUCGCUAUAUCGCCGCCGUCGCUGUGUUCUGGAAUUACAUUUUCCGUCGUUGGUCGUGGCCUGAAUUGAUUGCGUUGUGUAACGCGGAAGUGAGUGGGUUUUUGUUCGUGAAUUCUUUAUGGGGAGCGAAAAAUCGAAGCAUCCAUCGCAUCUCGUAAUCUCAAUAGAUAUGAUUGUGAUAAGAUUGACCAGUGUUUGGAAUUCCCUUGUUGUGCGGCGAUUCUCAAGUGGUUGAAUUCGGAAUCAUCAUUAAAAGGGGAAAAUUUUCGGAAGAUAGAAAGUUGCCGAUCGUCUUCGAUUCGAUUACUGUGUGAGUGAUUUGUUUUCUUAAACGCGAAACGGUCGCGGUCGCCGACGAACCUAAACAAGAAGACAUUACAGUGUGAGUGAAACUCAGUUCGCAGAGUAAAAACGAAAGGAAAAUAAACAUCAAGGGUGCGUUUUCGCCGACCCGCAACCCACUUGCGACGUCACUCGACGAGGUUGCUAGCGUCGCCAGUGCUAAGAGUGUGGGAUCCGGCGGUGGGUGGUAUUCGACCGAAUCGAUGACGGGCGAAGCCAUGACGUCACGCGUAUCAGCUGUUGGUGGAAAUUCGGGCGUCGCACCCCACCUGCAGCCGCCGAACGCGAACCACCCGGUGCAAGCGCUCCGGACCGAUGACAUCGAGGUGCAGGUUAUCGAGCAGGGCACCGAGCUGCAUACCAAUGAGAGAAAGACUUUGGCACAACACAAUACGUCCAGUGGCAGUGGAAAGCAAGGCGCCUCCAAGGCAGGACUUUUUCCAGUUGCCUCAACGGGGGCACUGCAACUGUUAACAACGGCACCGUCGUUAGUGUCGGCAGCAGCACCACCAGCAACGGGUCCAGCCACCACCGCAGCCUCUUCCGCCAACUCCGCCUCUGCCACUGCCAACGGUGCCCGACCGUCACUGAAAAACCCGGUCGGUUGGGUUUGCUGUGCGCCGUGCAUGUGGCUGCGGGGCUCGUCGGCCGUACACAAGAUGGCCAUUACGGCUGCCACGCUUCUGGUCACAUCGCUUCUCGUGGCCUCGCCCAUUCUGUUUCUCAUCUCGGCAGCCCCCUCGCAGCUACCGCGGGAUUGCCACGUGACGGAAGACGAUGAUUGCCACCCGACGCCGGCCCCUCCGCCGGAGUGCUCCGAUACGAUUUGUAGGGCGGCCGCCAUCAGCAUACAAACCCGGAUGAACUGGGACGUGGAGCCGUGCCGCGAGUUUAAGAACUACAGCUGUUCGCCGUUGGACAGCAGCAAUAGCCUGCGGGCCGUCAAAAGCUCCCAGGAGAUUGCUGACAUACAGAUGCAACAGCUCCUCUCCUUGAAUACCACCUCGGGCAUAUUCCGAAAACUGGGUCGCCUCUAUGGAAGCUGCCUGCGGCAAACGCUGAACGAUUCCACCAUCAAGAUGCGCCUCGACAAACUCGGCGGCUAUCUGCAAAUUGGUUCCGUCGGUCCCCAGAGCAUAUCGCCGCUGAUAGCCCGAAUCCAGUCCAUUGGCCCCAUGCCAAUUAUCGGCAUCUACUACGACCUGAGCUACGGCCGCAAACCGCAAACGCUGCUCAUAAUUGAUGGCCCCACGACAUCGGCUCAAAUUCUGGCGAAUCCUGUCCGAUGGCAAGGCCCUAAAGCGGCUCCGAACGACGUCACCGAAGAGGUGCCAGAGCUGCUGGACCAGCUGAUGAACGUGUUUUUACCGCCGGGACUGAGCACGGACCAAAGGUUAUCGGAGAAGCGUGUUAUAUUCAGCUUUGUGAGGGAUUUGAAUCAGAUUCGGCGGGACUACGUACAGAAAGACUUUACGAACAGUUACGUUCUGAACAACAUAACGGCACUAAGGAACACUCAUCCAUUCCUCCUAUGGCAGGACCUCCUUCCGGCCAACUGGACCGGGCCGAUUGUGAUCCGCAGUCCGGCCUAUCUGGAGCAUUUGCGGAGACUGCUGCUGGCGCAUCAGAACCGAGUGAUCCACAAUGCGCUGCUGUUGCUGUUCGCCCUCAAUACGCUGCCGCCGGGGCGACCCUCCCCACUGAUCUGUGCCAAGGCAACCAACUGGGCGCUGCCCGAAGUCAGCUCGGCCCUAUUCAUCGGUCAGUACAGCGAGCAAGUUAUCGGUCACGCAAUUCAGCGGGCCGAAGAAAUGUUCGAGAACAUGAAACAACACCUGAAGCGGGCUCCAUCACUGCGGGGAGCAGCCUUGGUGCGACUUUCCCAACUCAAAGUCCAAGCUAAGGUGUGGCCAACGCUAUUUAACAAGACGGAAAUCGCCUCAAUAUUGGAUCAGAUUGAGAUAAGCUCCGACAAUUGGUUCGAAAAUGUGCUCAAAAUCUAUCAACUUAACAACAACCGGUCGUCGGCAAGGAACAUUUCGGCGGAAAGCAUUCACACCGCUUACGCCUACCCGCAGAUUGCCAAAAUUUUCUACGACACCCUGAGCCACUCGAUUGUCGUCCCGCUGUCCGUAAUUCUGGUGCCGUACUUCAAUCCGGUCCUGCCACCAUACCUCCACUAUGCCACCCUCGGGACGGCACUGGCCAAGGAAAUCCUCCGCUCCAUCACCAAAGCCUUCGAAGCCAAGGUUAUGCAGUGCGUGCCGAAUUCGGUGGAUGUUUUCUCCAACACCAGCCGCAUGGAUCUGCUCAUCUACUCGGGCGGGAUGCAAAUCGCCUACCACACGCUCCUGUCGCUGACGGGGCCCAUCAAGGGCAUGAACCGGCUGCCGGGACUAAGUCUGACACCGCCGCAGAUCUUUUUUCUCAUGUCGGCCCAGGAGCUGUGCGCCGAGUCCGAGUACAGCGGCGUCGAUGUCCACUCGAACGAUUUCGAUGAAAUAUUGACGUGGCUGAUAUCGCAGGGUGGCAGCGCCUCGGACGUUUUCCAGUGCCACUCCAGUACGAUGCUGAGUUACCAGAAGAACUGCGACAUCUGGUAGAUAUCGGCCACCCACGUAGAACCGUGAUAGAGUAGCGGACGAAGCUGUAGGCCGGAUUACUACUGGAUCAAUAGUGAUAUUUCGUGCAUCUUGUUCCCAAGUAGAUGCGUUACUUAAAGGUGCUCUGUUCAAGCUGGAAGUGUCGAGUUGGAGCCCACCAUCAUCGGAUUUUAUCGGAUUCUAGGAAUCUCUCACUACUUAUUAAUUAGGAAUCUGUAAAUGCAAUUGGACGCGUAGAGAUGUAGAACUAGACAAGUAAGAAGAAAUUAAUUCUACUUGUAUUUGAUAUUGAAACGGAUAAAUUUUGCAAUAGGGAUUUAUUUUUUUAUUAGAAAUUGAAUGGUUAAAGUUGUUCCCACCUUAUUUCUUGCAAGAAAGAACAUGUGUUAGGGGUGAUAGCAAAUGUAUUGCGUCAAUUAAGUGAAGGAAAUUGAUAGUUUCUAAAGAUGUGCUUAAUUUCAAAGUAAAAACGUAUACCUACUUAGAUAUAUGUAUUACAAAAAGAAUUGAUAUCAAACACGAGAGACUAAUUAGGUCGUUGUGCAAUCAGAAAAGUCCAAAACCUCCCGAAAGUAGCGGCAUAGGCGUAUGUGUUUUAUUAUACAACUUAGAUGAUUAUAUUUAGGAGUUCUUCACAUACACAACUCUCUCGAUAGCUGGAAAUAACUUUAGAGAUCAGAUUGUGAAGAUUAUACAUCCACGAAGUUGUUUUUUUGUAAAUCAUUAGCUGCGACAAUAGGUGCGGUGAGGUGGUAUUGGAUAACAUACCGACUGUAACUAGAAACAUAUUUAGUAUUAACAGAAACUAAAACUAGAAAUACAAAUGACCACUGGAGUAUUAGAGC